CAGAGCUCCUACGGACAGGCCUCGUCAUAUCCUGGGUAUUCCCAACCUCCCGCGGCCUCCUCGGCCUCCAGAAGCUACGGCAGCGGCUCCGGGAGCUCGAGCUACGGGCAACCCCCGAGCGGGGGGUACAGCCAAGGGCAAAGCUACAGCGGGGGCCAGCAGAGCUACAGCCAACAGUCCUCCUACAACCCCCCUCCCAGCUACAGCCAGCAGGGCCAGUACAGCUCCCAGGCCUCCAACAGCUACGGUCAGGAUCAGUCGUCGCUGAGCUCGGGGGGUUACCAGGAGCCGGGGGGUUACGGCGGCGGGGGGCAGUCGGAGCGGAGCCGGGGCCGGGGCGGUUACGGCCGCGGGGGCUACGAACGAGGCGGCCGCGGGGGCCGCGGGGGCCGAGGAGCCAACCUGGGCGGUGGUGAGCGUGGUGGCUUCAAUAAAUUCGGUGGCCCCCGGGACCAGGGACCUCGACAUGACCCCGGUGAGCAGGACAACUCGGACAACAACACGAUCUUCGUGCAGGGGCUGGGGGAGAACGUCACCAUCGAGUCCGUGGCCGAUUACUUCAAACAGAUCGGAAUCAUCAAGACCAACAAGAAGACGGGUCAGCCCAUGAUCAACCUGUACACGGACCGGGAGACCGGGAAGCUGAAGGGCGAAGCCACCGUGUCCUUCGACGAUCCCCCCUCGGCCAAGGCGGCCAUCGACUGGUUCGACGGCAAGGAAUUCUCUGGGAAUCCCAUCAAGGUUUCCUUUGCCACCCGUCGGGCGGAUUUCACCCGCGGCGGGGGCGGCCGAGGGCGCGGCCGGGGAGGUCCGAUGGGCCGUGGAGGGUUCGGAGGCGGCUCCGGAGGCUCCGGAGGGGGCCGGGGGGGCUUCAACAGCGGGGGAGGGGGACAACAGAGAGCCGGGGACUGGAAAUGUCCCAACCCGUGA